CUAUAAUAUUGGCAAUGGUGACAGGAGCUCAAUCGCUUACUUGUUGGAAAUGCGUGGACGCAAAUUUGAAAUCAGGGGUUAAAAAUGCCUGUAGCAAAUACAGCGUUCAACAGUGUCCGGUCGACAAAGACGUGUGCGGAUCUCUUGUCACGACCUUCUAUGAGGGUGACAAGUUCAGCUAUAUGAAAAGUUAUAAAUGCAUGAAGAAGGCAGAUGUGUCAUCAGACUUGGCUAAAUGUAGGGGAUUAAAAUCUGAAUUUGAAAAUGCUUUGGACGAUUUAAAGGAUUAUGCCUGUGCAAUUGAAACAUGCAACUAUGGCUUGUGUAACGGACUUAUCGUACCAGAAAAGCCUUGGUGGAAAACGGAGCCUACGGAAGCUCCGGAGCCUGAUGCGAAUUAUCAACUUAUAGACUCUGAUGACAGGCAGGCCUCUCAAAGUAGUACCCCAUAUGACCACGGCGAUGCAGCAAGAGCAAUUGAUGGCAACAGAGCUAGUAGUUAUCCCCAAGGGUUGAAGCCUUUAGUGGAAGCAAUUUGGUUAAACAGUGUGGUAAAAUAG